UUUUAAAUUUUCAAAAUUAUUUUUACUCUACUUAUUUAAAGUACUUUACGCCAUAGUCUUAAAUUAUGAUUCAAGUUGUUAUUUUAUUAUUAUUUUCCACUUGCCAAAUCACUUUACAAACUAUUGUGGUGCACUUUGCAAUAGGAAUAAUGGUGAACCCGGGUUGGAAGUCAUUACAAAAUAUAAAAAUAAUUAAAGAUGGAAAAUCUGUUUCAUGUGAUGACAUGGAUUCAAAUGAUCUAAUAUUGUUGGAUAAGCACGUAAGUUCAAUGAUUAUGUGUAAGUACGCUCAUAAUUUGCUUGAUAUAGCUACUUAUAUUGAAUAUAUGGCAACUCAGUUUAAAGCAUUGGAUAGAAGAGGCGAGAAACUUGUUUACUUAGAAAUUUUUCAUGAGUUUAUAAUAGAUAUGGCACACAAAACAGAAUACAUGUUACGUGUAAUAUGUUACAUGAUUUCUAUGAAAAUAGUAGAUAAUUCAUUUCUUAUUGGGCUUUUAAAAACAUUGUGGAUAAAUACAAACGAAGAGAUAAUAAAACCAUAUAUCGAUGCAUUAGUAUCUACUAUUGAAUGUGAAAAACCUGUGGAUUCCGCUGUUAAUGAUUUAGUUAGACCUUUUAAGGAACUUAAAGAAAAAAUAAAUGAUGAUAUAAUGGGGGAGAAAAAUUUUUGUGUUAAAGGAAAACCAUCCAUACCGAGUUGGAAUGAUUUAAAUAACUCGUAUUUGAAGGAGACUCAAAUGGAUAAAUAUUGGGGUUCGUUUUUGGAUUAUAUUAAUUUGAGGUAUAAAUUUUGGAUUUCGGACUCUGAAUUUGAAAGUUUUAAUCAACUAGGGUUUGUUAGGUUCGGUCCUUCUAUCGUAUUGCGCAUAAUAUAAUAAGAACCGGAGUGAAUUUUGUUUAUUAUUUAGAUUUCUUAAUAGAUAAUUUACUAAUCUUUUAGUAUAAAUAUUUUCUUUUCUUUUUGCUUUAACAGGAUUACAGUAUUUAUGCGUGUUAUUUUAAUUACUAUUAUAUGUGUCUAUGUUAUUUGUGUUUAGUUUAUUGUUUUAAUCUGUUUAUAUUUAUAUUUUAAUUGUUAAAUAAACUACAAUUACUUUUUAAAAAUCUCAUUAAAUGCACAAUAAUAUGUUAAAUUGUUUAGUCUUUAUUUAAUUAAUGUUUCCCAU